GACGCUUGCGCGGUCGAAAGUGACGAAUGGCUGAGACGAGAGGACGCUUAUUCUGCUGUUCGGGUUUAUUCUGUCGUUAGGUACAGAGAGAAAAGAAGCUCCUCCCUUCAGAAAUAACACACACACACAGGCACCCUGCACGACGCCAUGGUCUCAUGGAUCAUCUCUAGAUUGGUCGUGCUUAUUUUUGGCACACUUUACCCUGCCUACUCCUCCUACAAAGCUGUCAAAUCGAAGGACGUUAAGGACUAUGUCAAAUGGAUGAUGUACUGGAUUAUAUUUGCACUUUUCACAACAGCAGAAACCAUCACAGAUAUCUUUCUUUGCUGGGUUCCGUUUUAUUAUGAACUCAAAAUUGCCUUUGUCGUGUGGCUGCUGUCCCCCUACACAAAGGGAUCCAGUGUUCUCUAUAGGAAGUUUGUACAUCCAACGCUGACCUCGAAAGAAAAGGAAAUAGAUGAAUAUCUCUGCCAAGCAAAAGACAAGAGCUACGAUGCCCUGGUGCACUUUGGGAGAAAAGGCUUGAAUGUGGCGGCUACAGCUGCAGUAACAGCUGCUGCGAAGGGGCAGGGGGCGCUGUCAGAGAGGCUGAGGAGCUUCAGCAUGCAGGACCUGUCAACGAUUCAGAGAGAUGAGGCCGGACCGGUCCCCGGGCCAGUACCGUCAAAGACACCCACCGCACAACCCAGGUCAAGAAUCAUUGCUAGGAGCAAAUCAGAAUCCGCCUCAGUUCCAGCUUGCAUGCACUGCUCCAACUGCAGUCUCUACUCAGGUGAUGACGUUGACAUCACAGAGUAUGAAGUGUUGAGCAAAGAGCAGUGUGAUGCAAAGGAACCUCUAUUGCAAUCUCACAAAGCUGAUUACGAUGAUGCAAUAGCAAUUAAGCCUGAACCCCGACUGCUCAAGAGAAGGGCUCCAGAGCCUCCCCCUAGAGUCCUGAAACCUCGCUCCAGAUCAAAGAGUACCUCGUCUUCAAACAGUGAGAACAUGUGACUGUGAGAGGGCAUGGGGAUGCUGCCAAUGAAAUCCACACCCAGACUGCUUCACUGCCUUAAUAAGAGGAGAAAGAACAACCAACAGAAACGAUCGACAAUGGGAAACUGUAGAGAGCAACUGUAUAAUGGCAGUGUCCUGCUUUCUGGGUUUUAUCUGUCUGGCUGUAUGUUUGUGUGUAUUUUAGUUUAGUUUAGUUUUUUAAGAUGCCAUGUUUCCCCAAUGAAAAGAAUGAUAGUCUGGUGAAAAAUCAUGCAUGCAUGUUUAAUGUUGUCUGUUCCAUCCAAGCGCAAACACACACCUCCAUUAUAGAAACACGCGUAGCUUGAACAUUUGUGUAUUAUCAAUUAGAGACGUGAUAGUGAGGAAACAGUGUCUGGAGACUGGUAAGUUCUAAAUGGAACUGGCUGUCGAGGUGACUUUACAUAGCCUUCCUUUGUGCUUGUGGAGAAAGCAACCUCUCUAGAAAGGAAAAAGGUGUAUUUAUUGUAUGCAAGGUUGAAUGACGUUGGGGUUUUCAGAAUAGGAGACUACAUGGCUCGCUUGAGAUGCAAUGUAGCCUCGAAGUAAUGCUUUCCAACCCCUGAAAAUGUUAAAAACUUUAUUUUAAAUAAAAAAUUGCAGUUGAUGGAUGUUUACAGUUAGAUAUAAGCUAAGGACUUUAGGAAGCUGCAUUUCAUAACUAUCAACAUUCAUCUGUAUGGGAUGUUAGAUGGUGGUGGCACCAAAAUCCAUUUAUAAGAGCCAAGUUUCAUUUGUGACAAAAGGGUUGAAGCCUUAAAAUAUAAUAUGGGCAGUAACGUUGUAUGUGGCAAUGUGAGAGCAUCUCUUAUUUGUCUGUGGAAUACAUGAAAUACAAGUCUGGUAUAGUAACGCAUCUCUCAUAGAAAUUAGACUUGGCUACAAUUUUAUUAGGACUUAUUUUAUGACAAUUACUAGGCUCCCUUUUUAUUGACAGAGUAUAAAUCACCUGUUAAGAUUUUUAGAUUGAAAGUAUAUGACACAAAACUGCUCCAUCCCGGCUUGCUUAUGAGAGAGUUCAAUUGUUAUUGAAAUUAACACUUGCCACACACACAGUGGACAUUUCAUAUCCUCUUUCAGGGCAGACAGGAAUGGAGCUUGCGUUAAAACCCAAACCCCCAAAUAAAGGGUAUAAUUAAUAUUACUCUUUGGAAGCUGUUUCCUGCAUGGCCCAUGUUUAUUCCCUUGGUAAUCAAUUUUCUUCAGUCAGAAAGAAACAUUGUUGCAUACAAUUAAAGUCCAUACAAUUCGUAGAAUAUCACACAAGUUGCUAGUUAUUACAGCGGAAGCCAAGUUUAGUCUUCGUCUUUGUCAUAGAAUCGUAGUUUAAUGAGCAAGUUGUUUAGACGAUGAAGUAUCUGUUGGUCUUAUUAGUCACUGGAAAAUUGUAAUGAUUAUCAAAAACAUACCAGUAUGUCAGUAUAUCUGCAUACUGAAAGAGCAGUAUUGGAAAUAGAAAUUGUAGGAUGCCAACAAUUGAGUCACCAACAGGAUCUGUCAGUUUAUUGAUUCACAGCUAAUAUUAUCCUCUUUCCAGAAUAUGACAUAUACGUUUCCUAAUUCCAAGUGAUCCAAACAGUGGCGGAUUGUUUAAUCAUUCAAAUAUUACCAAUCGUGGCAUUUUACUUACUUUUAAAGAAAUAAAUACACUUGAGAUACUCUCACACAGAGACUAUCGAACCAUCAACCAGAGUCUAGAUCCAUUGAAUAGACCCACCUAUUAGGUGUUAGUGAAUAAUGUAAAAAAAGAAUGUUUUCAUAUAUAGUAGUAAUGCAGGAAAUAUUAUCACAAGGAAAACAAAAUCAUUUGUGUUUUUAUUGGUAGUUUACAGAUUAAUUAACCUUGAUAAGCUACAGCAUAUUUGGUUCUAGUAUUACUGUGGUUUGGAAUUAUGGAAUGGCAGCAGGGUGGUCUUUGCAAUAACAAAUCACUUUGAAACAUCAGCCUUAUAGCCCAGGAUCCUUAUAUUGCCAGCAGAGUGUGUUUACAUGGUAUUUAUAGUGUGAAAGAAAAUUGGAUUUGAGGGAAAGAGACCACUGGCUCUGCAGUAGGGUCCUUUAAUAGGGGAGAAGAUUUUGCAGUUGUAUUCAAGCUCAAAUUCCCAAACCAGGCUUGGUGCGCUUCAUUCUGUUAGUAAAAGACACCUUGGGUAUCUAGCUGCCCUUGUCAUUUUAUAAGUGAUUCUGUUUUCUAUGUUGUUUCUUAAUUCUCUUUGUGCUGGUUUUGGCUUUCAUCUUUUAAAACUUUUCUCCUGAGCUGAGCUGGCUGAGCUCUUUAAAAAAGCCCCAAGUUCCUCUGUGUGUCCCUCUCAGAAACCAACCACGGUGAAAGCAUGCUAUUCUUUACACUGUGGUUUCAUAUGGCUGUGAUUACAUGUUAUUUAUGAUGUUGCUAUACUUACAGUGACUUUAAAGACAAACCAAACAACUAAAGAAAAUUUGACUUAUGUUAUGCUAAAACUGCUUUGACAAGUCACUAAUGGCUGGUUUCACAAACCUGGAUAAGCACUAAUCAUGGUUUACCUUAUGUUACCCUAGGAAAGGUGGUCCAAGAUUAGUAUUAAGUGGGGUCUGUGAAACAAGCAA